GCGGUUGGUAAGUACUUUUUUAAUAAGUCAAUGUACUUCUAUAUUGUUUAUGUCAUGUUUAGAACACACAAAAGUUAAGAACUUUUUUUUAUGGAGUUAGUUCAUAUCCCAUUGAAUUUCUAUCAACACCUAGAAGGACCACUUGAUGGGUUAUUAAUUUCUAACUUAACAUGUAAUAUAUUUCUUUAACUGAAAAACCUCAAAAUUCCCUUAGCUAGCUCUCAUGAGUCUAACCUCGGGGUUGGAUCGAUUGGGGCACCUUUCGUAUUCCUAUUGGACUUAUUGGCAUUCUUCCACAAUUCAUAUUCUCCUUUAGAAUACAACAAUUUUGCAUAAUAUAAAAUAAUUAGUGAAUGCCAUUUAGUUUUCUAUUUAACCUAUGACAUAUCGAGAUUUUCCUAUUAUCCCUAAGAAUCAGAAUUCCUAAUAUUUUCAUAUGAAACAUAUUCUAAAUUUUUCAUAUUGAUUUAUUAGUGGUGUACAGAAGGUAGAGAAUAUAAUUUCUUUUUUAAAUAUAUUUAGUAUUAGACUCAUUUUGUUUCUUACAUUCUCUCAAGCAUAGAGAAGUAGGUAAAAGUACUCGCUAUAUGCAUGUGAUUUACUAGAUAUGAUCAUUCCAAGUUAUCAGUAGUUUUCUAGACAUAUUACUCAAGCAAUUCAAAAGGAAAUAGAAGGGCUAUUUUUUUUCCAUUUUGAUAUUCUUUUGUUGACUUCAGUUGGGGACUUGAUGGAAAUUUGUCGUUAUUGUUAAACUGUUGCAAAGGAAAUAGUGCAAAAGGGGAAAAGAGUAUUUGGAAAAUAUGCAACAUGGAAGUUUCCGGAAGUUUAUGCUCCUAAAGAUUUUUAUUCUUUUUUUUUAGAUGAUUCUAAUGUUCUAGCAAUUUGGAGGUGCCAAGUGGCUCAAUAGACUAGCAGGUUUCCUGCCAACUUGGCACACUUGCUUCGUGGUGGGACAUCAUGGUUGUGUGUGCUGCGAGCCGUCUCACGUGGUCGCUUUGGUUCAGAUAUUUCAUUGGAUUUUGCCUUGCCACUUUAGAAGAAGGUGGUGAAAGGGACGCUUCCGUCGCAUAUUUAAUUGAGAGAAUCUAUUCUAUAAUUUAUCACUGAUAUUAUCUCUUUUUACAAUAUACCAAUAAUUUUAUCUAUUGUUAUAUAAUAUGCUAUUGGACCGAACCUUUGUUUGAAAAUACCCUAUGGAUAUAUAAGAUUAACAAUCGAUUUAUCUAGAAGUUUUAAAAAAACUAUGAAAAUUUUCAUAUGGCUUCCUUAUACAAUAUGGUGUAUAUAAGUUUCAAAUUUUUUGCAUUUCAAUUUUUUUUAAUAUAUAACUUAUUUGUGUUAUGCUAUACAAAAUAAUUUUUGGUGUUUUUAAUAUAAAUCACCUUUCAUAUGCCACAUAAGAUAUUUUUGUGUUAUUAUCUUUUGUGUAAGUAAAUUCUCUCAAAUAUACCAUACAAAUAUAUUUUUUUCUAGAAAAUAAAUAUAAAAAAACUUGAAACUUAGAUAUAAACUUCCAUGUUAUGUAAGGGGACCACGUAAAAAUUUUCAUGCUUUUUUGAAACUUCGAGAGAGAAAAAAAAAAGAAUUCUAGUACUAAUCUGCUAGAUGGGCCUCUUUUUUCGGCUCCUACUCUUUGGACCUUCUCCAGCGACGAUCUCUCGCCGCCACCAGCCACCCGCCACCCGCCGCCGCUCGCCGCCCGCCGCCGACGGCGCGGCCGCGCUCUUCUCCGGUCCACUACCGUCAGUGAGCUCAGCAUCCUCUCGAGCCGCCGGCGUCGUCGUGUCUGAAACGACUAGCACGGUGCCUUGUGUUUCCCAUGUUCCAUGGAGGAGGCGAAGCAGCUGCACGCGCGCGCGCUCCGCCGCGGGGUGCGCCUGCUGCAGCCGCUGCUCCUCCGCGUCCUCGCCGCCGGCGACCACCGCUACGCCGCGCGCCUCCUCGAAUCCUACCCGGCGCCUCCUUCGGCGCCGCUCCACAACCGCCUCCUCCAUGCUCUCGCCUCCCUCCACCGCCCCCACCCCCUCCUCCUCCCCUUCUUCUCCCGCCUCCAUCGCCUUCGCCUCCUCACUCCGCUGUCAUUCACUCUCCUCUUCUCCUCCUCCUCCUCGUCCGCCUCCUCCUCCACCCCCUUCUUCCUCUGCUCCCACUCCCUGCUUAUCAAAUUAGGCCACUUCGCAUCAAGCGAUCCCUUCCUCUCCUCCGCGCUUGUCUCAUUCUACGCCAAGAGCAAGCUCCUGGUUGAAGCCAGGAAGGUGUUCGACGAAUUGACGUGCAGGGACACGGCCGUGUACAAUGCGCUUCUUUCGGCCUACGCGAAAGGCGGCCUCGUCGAUUCGGCAGAGAAGCUGUUCGAGGAAAUGCCAGAUAGGAAUGUGGUUUCCUGGACUGCGAUGGUGUCUGGGUACGCGCAGAACGGUCGGCAUGAGGAAGCGGUGGAGACGUUCUUGGAGAUGUGGGAGAGGGCAGGGGUACAACCGAAUGAAUUGACAGUGAGCAGUGUGCUGCCUGCAUGCGCAGCAGUUGGGGCGAUGGAGCUUGGGAGGAAGGUGGAGGAGUAUGCGAGGGGAAAAGGCCUCCUGAGGAAUGUGUACGUGGCUAAUGCACUACUGGAGAUGUAUUCCAAGUGUGGCAGCAUUCGACAAGCUUGGCAGGUGUUUCAGGGUAUCGGUCGUCAGCAGGAUCUCUGUUCUUGGAACUCUAUGAUCAUGGCAUUUGCUGUGCAUGGCCUGUGGAGGGAGGCCCUUGCCUUGUUCUAUAAGUUGCGGGGGUCAAACCAGAUGGUAUUACUUUUGUUGGGGUCAUCUUGGCUUGUACCCAUGGAGGUUUGGUGAAUGAAGGCAAGCUAUUCUUUGACUCGAUGGAAGCAGAGUUUAGUCUGAAACCGAGAAUUGAGCACUAUGGCUGCAUGGUUGACCUUCUCGGGCGUGCUGGUCUCCUGAUUGAAUCAUACAGUCUGAUUGCGAGCAUGCCAGUGGAGCCUGACGCUGUCAUCUGGGGGGCCUUGCUUGGUGCUUGCAGCUUCCAUGGCAAUGUAGAACUAGCAGAAUUAGCAAUGGACAAGCUCAUCCACCUUGAGCCACAAAACACGGCAAACCUAGUGAUCCUUUCAAACAUAUAUGCGUCAUCUGGCAAAUGGGAUGGUGUUGCCCAAGUAUGGAAGUUACUAAAGGAGAAAGACCACAAGAAAUCAGCUGGGUACAGCUUCAUUGAGUUAGAUGGUACGAUGCAUAAGUUCCUUGUUGAGGAUAAGUCACAUCCAAGAUUUGAGGAAGUAUACAAUACCCUUAAUAGUGUCACAAUGACCAUGAAGCUGGUUGGCUUGGAAAACCUGGAAGAAUUGAAAGGCUAGGUUCUCUGUCAGUCUUUGGUGUAGCCUGUAAGACACCAAGCAAUGGGAAUAAAACGUGACCAAGUAGUACAAGAUUUCUUGUGAACUAUUUGUCUGAUCUUUCAUGUUGAAUUGGCAUGCAAAGGGAUGCACCAAGGAGACAAUCAGACAAAAGACAUAAUGGCCUGGAUGUUGAGUCUCUAGCACAUAUUUCAAUAUAACAAAAUGGUUCUCUGUUGUGCUUGUUAUUCAUUGGUAUAAGACUACUAGGCAUAUUGCAGCUAAAGCAUGUCAAUGGCAGAUAUACCACAAGGUAAAUCUCUUCUUAUUAAUAGUGAAAUUUAGAACUGACAAUACUGCUUUAGUGAUUUUCCUUAUGUUUUAUUGCAUGGCAUGAAUCGUCCAAUUCCAAUGGUUGUGUAUUUGGUGCCCUAUAUUAUGCUUCAGACAUGUGAUGGUUAUUUCAAAAACCUUAACUUGUGAUUUUAAAUUUUCUUUGCAUGCUUGUUGACUUGCUGUGGUUGAGAUCAUGUUUUUUUUUAUGCCUGCUAUUAUAUGUUUGAACCAUGGAACUGCAAUAACCCUGACACUAUAUACCCAAGAAAAACUAGGAACAGUGGCCUUAACCUUUUUUUUUUUUGGGAGGGUUCUCUGGAGUAUUUUAGUCAUAUUAGUUACUCCCUCCAUUUCACAAUGUAAGUCAUUCUAGCAUUUCCCACAUUCAUAUUGAUGUUAAUGAAUCUAGAUAGAUAUAUAUGUCUAGAUUCAUUAACAUCAAUAUGAAUGUGGGAAAUGCUAGAAUGACUUACAUUGUGAAACGGAGGAAGUACCCUUUACAGUCAGCAGACUGAACCAUACAGUAUUAUAAGCUUCAUUGCAGUUUGUUUCUAUUUGCCUUGAUUUUUUUUUACAACUUUUUUAGAAAAUGACUUGAUGCUAGAAAAGUAGUCUGAUAUGCUGUUCUUACUAACUGGAAGGCAUUAUAUAGGCAUUACAGUUACAGAAAACAUGAUAAAGCUUUUUUGUAUAGAAGCUCCCCAGUUUCAUGGAAAUGGUUAUUUAGAAUUCUCAGGCUAUAGAACUUGGUGCUUAUGAUUGUUCAGAAUCUCAGAUGUAUGAUGAGGAACAGAUGUUAAUAUCCUUGUGGCCACAGUGCUCUCAUGGCUCCCCUUUGCCAUCAUUUUCACCAGUGACCUGGAAAUCGCUCGUCUCGGCUGUGCGCAGGGGCAAAUAACAGACAUCAGAAGCCUCCUUUAGCCCUUUGUGCUCUAACUUUAUAUUUUUGUUGCACAUGCUUGGAAUUAGUGUGGAUUACUUGGUUCUCUUGUUAUUAUAACAUGAAGUCAUCAAUUGGUGUGUGUGGGACAAUAUGCAGAUUUUUUUUAUGUGCUCCUCCUGCGUGCAUCAAUCUAGAUGCUGAAAGUGAUUACCUGCUAAGUUGUGAUCAUAAAGGCACAAAGAUGCUGAAAAGUAGGAUCAGAUAGGACACACUCCAAGACAUCGGUCUGCACUCAGAUGGGUCCACAGUUGCGAAAAACACUUCCAUUUGGGCCAAUUACAAAAUUAGGGGCUUAGCUAAUAGCUAUUGAAGAAAAAGACACUCAACAUGACUUGGAAGCACUGAUACUGGACAAUGAUGCAGAAGUUCUCAUUUCCUUGUUUCUUUUACUGGAACAAUUCACAGUUGGGUCAUUGCUGAGCAUUUGAACAGAUAGAGAAUUGGUUGGUUCAAGAAAUGUGUGCAUUGUACAGCAGAUUUUCAGUCCACUGGGGAGAAUGUUGAGCAGACAAGGCAUUAGAGCUGUAGUAGUACCAUUUUGUUUUCUUCUUGAGAGUGGUCCCUUUAUUUGCACCAACCUUUAGUUAUUUCCUUCCAGGUUUUUGUAUCCUGGACAUUGCUCUCCCUUCGCUUCCUUCUACAGUGUUUGGAAGAGUCCCUAGCCUUCUUGAUUUCUUCUGUGAAAUUAAAAAUAAACAUGUGGUUCAUGAUCAUUGAUACUAGCUUAUUGCAUUGAAGAGUUCUCAGUUGGGUGGUUGUUCUUUCUGAACGAUCGUACAAAAAGAAAGAUAAGGACAUUAUGUUGGAUUGGUUCUUGAUGUCA